CCGGGCCUGGCCGACCGGCAGGAGGACCUCCCCUCGCGCCCCGCACGCCCACUCCCGGGCGCCCCCCUGCAGAGCGCAGCGCCCGGAGUACGGAAGCAGGCGGGACCUCUCCGAAUUCCUCCCUCUGCCAAGCUCCGACCCCGGGCAGGUCCUCCUGGCCGGGCCCGAACAUGCUGGACGGCCUGAAGAUGGAGGAGAACUUCCAAAGCGCGAUUGAGACCUCGGCCUCCUUCUCCUCGCUGCUCGGCAGAGCGGUGAGUCCGAAGUCUGUCUGCGAGGGCUGUCAGCGGGUCAUCUCGGACAGGUUUCUGCUGCGGCUCAACGACAGCUUCUGGCACGAGCAGUGCGUGCAGUGCGCCUCCUGCAAAGAACCCCUGGAGACCACCUGCUUCUACCGGGACAAGAAACUCUACUGCAAGUACGACUACGAGAAGUUAUUUGCUGUCAAAUGUGGGGGCUGCUUUGAGGCCAUCGCACCCAAUGAGUUUGUGAUGCGAGCCCAGAAGAGCGUGUACCACCUGAGCUGCUUCUGCUGCUGUGUCUGUGAGCGGCAGCUUCAGAAGGGCGAUGAGUUUGUCCUGAAGGAGGGGCAGCUGCUCUGCAAAGGGGACUAUGAGAAGGAGCGGGAACUGCUCAGCCUGGUGAGCCCAGCGGCCUCAGACUCAGGCAAAAGUGAUGAUGAAGAAAGUCUUUGCAAGUCAGCCCAGGGGACAGGGAAAGGAGCCACUGAGGAUGGCAAGGACCAUAAGCGUCCCAAACGUCCCAGAACCAUCUUGACGACGCAGCAGAGGAGAGCGUUCAAGGCCUCGUUUGAAGUAUCCUCCAAGCCCUGCAGGAAGGUGAGGGAGACUCUGGCUGCAGAGACUGGGCUGAGUGUCCGUGUUGUCCAGGUGUGGUUCCAGAACCAGAGAGCUAAGAUGAAGAAGCUGGCCAGGCGACAGCAGCAACAGCAGCAAGACCAGCAGAACACACAGAGGCUCAGUUCUGCUCAGACAAAUGGUGGUGGGAGUGCUGGCCUGGAAGGGAUCAUGAACCCCUACACACCUCUACCCACCCCACAGCAGCUCCUGGCCAUCGAGCAGAGUGUCUACACCUCUGAUCCCUUCCGGCAGGGCCUCACCCCACCCCAGAUGCCUGGAGAUCACAUGCACCCCUAUGGUGCUGAGCCCCUUUUCCAUGACCUGGAUAGUGACGACACUUCCCUCAGUAACCUGGGUGACUGUUUCCUAGCAACCUCAGAAGCCGGGCCCCUGCAGUCCAGAGUGGGAAACCCCAUUGACCACCUGUACUCCAUGCAGAAUUCUUACUUCACCUCUUGAGUCUUCCCUACACCUCUAUGGCUAGGCUCCCAUAUAGAGCAACCAUAUUAUGUGAGGGGUCACUGGCUUUAGGAUGGGGAGGCCAAGGAAGAGGUGGGUUGGGAGGGAGUUGUGUUGGGAAUGCUGUUGUAUAAUGAUUUGGUGUAGCUUGGCAUUUCCAAAGACUGAAUACAUUAUGGAUUGCAUAGUUUAAUGUUUCUAAUAAGAGUCUUAGCAUUAGAUAUGAAGAUGUGUUUAUCAUUAAGGACAGGGACUUUUAAUAUAGACAUUUUCAUGGAACUAGAUACCUAGGGACUCCCAACAACUUCCCACCAUUUUGGGGAAGCUUCUGUCAAGAGGUGCAUAUGUCUCUCCAUCUACACACCCAUAGACAGACAGGUAGAUGUGUGUGUGUGUGCGUGCGUGUGUGAGUGUGUAACUUUCCUACUUUAUCAUCAAAGUUUAUUCCUAAUUAUAACAGACACCAACUGUACAGCAAAAGUAACUUUAUUUUCAGUGUGAACUAUAUUUAAGGAAAUGCUUGAUGCACUUAAGUUAUAAAAUGAGAUAAUUUACUUUUAUAAACUUUAUUUUUAGUUUGAAGAGACUUGUCGGCAGGGCAGAGAGGGCUGCUCCACCUGGCCCUGUAGCUGUGAGUGUUUGAGUUCAUUCUGUUUUUGGAGUGUCACUGAGGUCAGGGCAACAACUCUGUGUGGCUGGCAGUGUUCUAGUGGAUUCUCGCUCUCCUUGCUGUUGGAUUUCUGGGCUUGAGUGGGACAGAGCAAGCCUUGAUCAUGUUCUCAGAAGAUAUAAAGCCUAGACUCUUGGGCUUUCUUUCAAAUUCUUACAUGAGGUUUUGGGGCAGCAUUAGGAGGGUCGGUUCUACACUUGAGCCACAGCCUCUGCAAGUGUGGAACAAGGCUGACAGCAUGCACCUACCUCCCUGGGAGACACUGAAGCUUCACCCCAGGAUGCAUAAGGAAGGCUCAGACUAAGAUCUGAUGUUGGUUUAAAAUACAAGCAGACCCCCCCAGACAGUGUGGGAGGACACUGGGCACUGUGGAGCAGGAAGGCUCCUGUCCCUGGAGCCCAAAGGCACGUCUGCCCACCAAGGUCCUCUGCCCAGUGGGUGCUGGCAGUGACAGCAGCUCAGAGGUAUCCUAGAGUCCUUCAUGAGAAAGAGGCUCAGGCUGAGAGGUGGAGGAGGGGUGUGUUCCAGAGCAGGGGUAACAAAGUGUGUCUUGCAGACCAGGUGGCAGGCUGUAUAUGCCUCGGCAAGCCUGAAAUAUUUGCUGUCUCUCUUGUCUAACUCUUUACAGAAAGAUGUCGAUGGUCCCUGUUCUAGAGGGGUUGUCUCUAAACAGCCUCUGGGGGCUUAGAGAGGUAGAGCGGACAGAUGGAAACCAGGCUUUUCCUUCUAACACAGGAAACCCAGCAACUCUCAUACACAGGGACAGUUCCACACCCUGGUCCCCAACUGUGGCGCUAGGAUGGGAUCCUUCUUUGUGAGAGGCCUCUUGGGAAACCAGCACCAGUCAAGGGAAUCAGAGGGACAGCUGGGCCUCAUCGGAGAGGGCCUGUGACAGGCUUGAUCUGACUCCUGGGGAUAUCACUGGAGCCUUGAAUUUAGCCGCGUGUCCCCUUCAUUCUCCACAAGGCCAGAGGGAACAUGUCCCCUUAGGGUAGUGUCUGUGUUGUGUGAUUUUUGUUUAUAAUUUAUGCAAACCACCAAGAAACCCAAACCAAUCUGAUGAGUGAAAAAUACACAGAUGCUGGAUGGCUCAGUAGGUUUCUGUGGCAAUGAUCAGUUGGAGAAUGUAGCAGAUAUUAUGUGAUUGAAAACCAAUCGAGAUCCUCAAUUCCACUCCUGAAUGGCAUACCAAGGUAAAAUUAAAAACCUCUUACAAGUGAGCUGUUGUUU